GUCGUUGCCAUGGAGAGACUUAAACAAAAGAAAGCCCAUUGUGUUGCAUGCCACCUAAAGCGGGUCAAUAAGGGCUUCGCAUGCUUUUAUAAAUUGCGGUAAAAGCAUUAUAGAUUUCGGUUUCAGAGCGGCAUGUCGUGUGUUCAGGGUCCCAAGAAGCACGGACUGCCCAGAGAGGUCUUGAAAUGGCUGCUAAGUCUCAGCUUGUCAUUUUAUCCGAGGAACGUGCGCAGGGAUUUUUCCAAUGGUUACCUUGUGGCAGAGAUAUUCUCUUGUUAUUACCCCCAAGACUUUCCAGUGCAUUCAUUUGAUAAAGGAACAUCACUUUCUGCCAAACAGAGGAACUGGAGCCAGAUAGAGAGGUUCUUAGAGAAGAAGAAUCUGCACCUGAUGAAAGAGGUCAUCGAUGGAACCAUCCACUGCAAACCAGGAGCGGCUGAGCUGUUGGUGCAGGAGGUUUAUACGAUUGUAACAAACAGGAGUAUCAGGGGUGUCCAGGGUCCAGAGUCAGACUUCACUGACGGAAAGUACCAAGAUCUUCUGCCGACAUUGGCCAGCUCCACAGCCUCCCAGGCCAUCAAGAACAACCUGAGGACAACUGAGAUCAUGGCUGAGCCUGACAUCACCACAAACCAGAGGAAGGCAGGGGUCAUCCUCCUCAGGCAUCUGCAGCACAAAGCUGCAGAGAGGGUCCACAAUCCUGGACGAUUUAAUGUCAAGCACAAUCUGGGUUACCUUGCAGCUAGGAAUCCUGUCCCACCCAGCCGUGCUGAUGGGUUCCAUGACAGCCAUUCAUCCAGAGACUCCACGUCAAAGUCAUGUUCCUCGUCUACGGGGAGUGGAGCUGCUGUUUCCUUUAAAGAGAUAAAGGUGUGCCAGCCUGUCAGACGUUCUCUGGUGAACUAAUGGAAUUUGAUGUGGAUCAGUGCUCUAAGAUUAUACUGCAAGUGUGUGUAUGUGUGUGUGUGUUUCCCCAGAUGUGUUGACAUAAUUAAAGCAUAGCCUAUUUGAUCAUUUCACCACAGGAAUAUUUA